AGUGAGAAGACCGAACGUCACUUCCUUGCUUUUUCAUUUGGAGCUCUGGCGGGCGCACGUGCUGCCCCCCAGUAAUUUUUGUUGUCGCAGCCGCCCUUCGCUUGGUCGGGUUGCUAUGAGUUUGCCUCUUAAUCCAAAGCCCUUCUUAAAUGGGCUGACCGGGAAGCCAGUCAUGGUGAAAUUGAAGUGGGGAAUGGAAUACAAGGGCUACCUCGUCUCAGUCGAUGGCUACAUGAACAUGCAGCUUGCAAAUACGGAAGAAUAUAUUGAUGGUGCGCUAUCUGGACACCUUGGUGAAGUUCUGAUAAGGUGCAAUAAUGUCCUUUAUAUAAGGGGUGUAGAAGAAGAAGAAGAAGAUGGAGAAAUGAGAGAAUAACGAUUUUUGGGAAACAAUUUUUUUUUUUAAAAAAAUGGUAUUAAAAGAUCUUUAGUUGUAGCAUGUUUUUUUAAGUUUAUGUAAGGUUUUGUUGUAUUAGUAAUGAUUUUUCUGGCCAAAAAAUAAAUAUUGUUGAAGGAAAAAUAAAAAUGCUACUUUUCACAGUUCUUAAAGC